AUGGGGGCGGUGGUGGUAAGGGCGAGUGAUGAAUAUUCCAUCAACGAGAGCGUUAAGGAAGGCAAGGCUUGCUAUGGGGAGGACGGGGAGGGGUUGGUGUUGGGAGAGAGAGAAUUAGUCUCAAGUCACACUCCCGUGGGCAAGUCACAUACGACCCUCCUUUCAACUCUCCUUCAUCCUCUCUCUCUCCACAACCCCAUCCAACCCCCCCCCCCCCCAACAAAACCACCUCACAAUCACAACUCCCUCGCCCACAAACCCUCCUCCGGUCGAAUCUACAAACCCUCUCGACCUCCCCAUCUCCAUCCUCACAAACCAACGCCCUCGUUCCCCCCUUCAAACUUCGUCCGCCUAGCGACGAAACACAUCCUCCACCACCUCGCCACGCUCAAAACUCCCCUGUCCACUCUUAGCUCCUCUUCCCUCCAGCGUAUCGUCGACACGCAGAUGGAUGAGCUGCUCGAGUUGAAAGAAGAUUUUGAGGUCGAGGAGUUGAUGAGGGGGAUGCGGGAGUUGGAUGUUAGGGUGGGGCUGGGGAGGGAGAUUGAAGAAGGGAUGGCGGGUUUGGUGUUGGGGGAUGGGGAGAGGGAGGGUUUGGCAGAUGGUAUUGAUGGGGAGGGGAGUGAUGAAGAGGAGGAGGAGGAGGAAGAGGGAGUGUUUGAUCCUUAUGAAGAUACUUUGGUGGCGGCGGUGGAGACGGAGUGGAGUUCUGAGGUAGACGAGGAGAUGGAUGCUGCGUUGUUUCCUUUGCCUGAUGACGAUGAGGAGGAUGAGGAUGAGGAGGAGGAGGAGGACGAGAGUGAAGAGGAAGAGUGGGAAGAGGAGGAAGAGGAAGGAGACGAAGAAGACGAUCGCCAAUCUCCAUCCUCACCAACCAGCGAGGCUGAUGACAGCGUCACAAAGACCAAGUAA